ACCCUUAACCAAGCUCCUAGCAGAGAACACGGCCUGCGUGCAUAUAUACAAGACAAGGGGACUUUUACGUGAACACAAUCGGCGUUAUAUUGUUCCUGAACGGAAGAUAGGCGUAAAAGGAAUGAACAGCAAGUAGACUCUCUCUUUCUCUCUACGCCGCAGUCCCUAAGUUCAUCAUCUAUACACGAAAGGGUUGUUCGAAUUUGCUGAAAGAUGGGAGGGAAGAAGAUAUCUAAGGAUGACCAGAAGAAGAAGAAAGAUAAGUUUAGUAGGGAUGGCCCCAAGUUCAACAAAGCUUCCAAGCAAUCCUUCAAAACAACCAAGGGUUCAAACGCCACCGUUCUGAAGCCCGAAGCCCUAUCCCUGCAACUCGAAGAUGAAGUCCCUGACUUCCCCAGAGGUGGAGGAAGUUCUCUGAGCCGACAUGAACGCGAUGAAAUCCAUGCUGAAGUUGAUGCGGAGUUUGACGCCGAGCAGUGGGAUCAGAAGAAGAAGAGGAAAAAGACGCAGAAGAAGACUCAGGCAAGGGAGGACGACUUGGGUUCACUUUUUGGUGAAGGCAUCACUGGAAAAUUACCUAGAUACGCAAAUAAGAUCACUUUCAAGAAUAUAUCUCCUGGAAUGAAGCUUUGGGGAGUCAUUGCUGAAGUAAAUGAGAAGGACCUUGUAAUUGGUCUGCCUGGGGGUCUACGUGGAUUAGUUCGUAUGCCUGAUGCUUUUGAUCCUGAUGUGAAAAGUGAAAUUACGGACAUUGAAAGUAAUAUCCUUCCUAGCCGAUUCCAUGUUGGGCAGCUUGUUUCUUGCGUCGUGUUGCGGCUAGAUGAUGAUAAAAAAGAGAAAGGGAAACACAAGAUCUGGCUUUCUUUGCGUCUUUCUUUAUUACACAAGGGUUUCACUUUGGAUGCUGUUCAAGAAGGGAUGGUGCUUACUGCAUAUGUUAAAAGUAUUCAAGACCAUGGCUACAUUCUUCAUUUUGGAUUGCCUUCGUUCACAGGGUUCUUGUUAAAAAACAACCAAGCUGUAAGCGGGGAGAUUGAAGUGAAAAUUGGGCAACUUCUGCAAGGGGUUGUUGGAAGAAUUGACAAACUUCGUCAAGUUGUGAAUCUGAACUGUGACCCGGAUACAGUGUCCAAAUGUGUGACCAAGGAUCCUAAGGGAAUUUCGAUUGAUCUUCUUGUUCCAGGCAUGAUGGUCAAUGCUCGUGUACAGUCAAUUCUUGAAAAUGGUGUUAUGUUAUCAUUCCUUACAUACUUUACUGGAACUGUUGAUAUAUUUCAUUUGGAAAAUAGUUACCCGACUACAAAUUGGAAGGAUGAAUACAAUCAAAACAAGAAGGUUAAUGCUCGGAUAUUAUUUAUUGAUCCCUCAACUAGAGCUAUUGGAUUGACCCUGAAUGCACAUCUUGUUCAUAACAAGGCUAUUCCUUCACAUGUUAAGGUUGGAGAUAAAUAUGACAACUCAAGAGUAGUCAGGGUUGAUAAAGGAUUGGGCCUACUGCUUGAAAUACCAUCUACUCCAAUGUCAACUCCGGCAUAUGUUAGCAUAUCUGAUGUGGCUGAAGAGGAAGUCCGAAAGCUUGAAAAAACGUUUAAGGAAGGUAGUCAUGUUCGUGUUCGAGUUCUAGGGUUUAGGCACUUGGAGGGGCUUGCUACAGGGAUUUUGAAGGCUGGGGCUUUUGAAGACCCUGUAUUCACCCACGAGGAUGUCAAGCCUGGGAUGGUUGUGAGGGCUAAAAUUAUAGCUGUUGACAACUUUGGUGCUAUUGUGCAAUUUCCUGGUGGUCUGAAGGCAAAGUGUCCUGUCCAGCAUAUGUCUGAAUUUGAAGUUGCAAAGCCUGGCAAAAAAUUUAAGGUUGGGGCUGAGCUGGUAUUCCGUGUGCUUGGUUGCAAAUUGAAGAGAAUAACUGUUACAAACAAGAAAACACUUGUGAAAUCGAAACUUGGAAUUCUUAGUUCAUACGCUGAUGCUACUGAUGGUUUAGUAACACAUGGAUGGAUCACAAAGAUUGAGACACAUGGAUGCUUUGUACGAUUUUACAAUGGAGUUCAAGGAUUUGCUCCCAGAUCUGAACUCGGAUUAGAACCUGGAUGUGACCCAAGUACAAAUUACCAUGUUGGACAAGUUGUCAAGUGUAGGAUAACGAGUUCAGUCCCUGCUUCGAGGAGGAUCAACCUUAGUUUCAUAAUAAAGCCUACAAGGGUUUCUGAAGAGGAUAUGGUAAAGUUAGGUAGCCUUGUUUCUGGAGUUGUUGACAGAGUAACCACCCAUGGUGUUGUAGUCUAUGUAAAUGCAAAAGGUUACUUGGAGGGUACAAUUUCAACUGAACACUUGGCAGAUCACCACGGGCAUGCUACUAUGAUGAAGUCAGUCUUGAAGGCUGGAUAUGAGUUUGAUCAACUGCUGGUACUAGAUAUUGAGGGCAACCAUUUGGUACUCUCUGCAAAACAUUCUCUGAUCAAUUCAGCUCAGCAGCUUCCUUUGAAUCUCAGUCAGAUUCAUCCUAACUCAGUAGUCCAUGGGUACAUUUGUAAUUUAAUUGAGACGGGUUGCUUUGUCCGCUUUCUUGGGCGUUUGACCGGUUUCUCCCCUAGACACAAGGCAACAGAUGACCAAAGAGUUGAACUUUCGGAGUCCUUUUACAUUGGACAAUCUGUUCGCAGUAAUAUUCUCGAUGUCAGUAAUGACACAGGUAGAAUAACAGUCUCUUUGAAGGAGUCAUCUUGCCAUUCGACGGAUGCAUCCUUCAUUCAAGAGUACUUUCUUCUGGAGGAGAAGAUUGCUAAGUUGCAAUCGUUGGACUCCGGAGGAUCUGAGUUACAUUGGGUUGAAAGAUUUAGCAUUGGUAGUGUCAUCGAGGGAAAAAUUGAGGAGACAAAGGAUAUUGGAGUUGUUGUCAGCUUUGAGAAGUAUCAUGAUGUUUUUGGUUUUAUUACACACUAUCAGUUAGGCAGAACCAUUGCAGAAUCUGGCUCGCUUGUUCGAGCUGUAGUUCUUGAUGUUGCAUCAUCAGAACGCCUUGUUGAUCUAUCUCUAAAGCCAGAGUUUUUGGAUGAAUCCAGAGGAGAAAGUUUAAAAAGCAAAUCUCAUAAGAAGAAACGCAAAAAAGAAACAUCCAAGGACUUGGAAGUGCAUCAAACAGUAAAUGCAAUUGUGGAAAUUGUGAAAGAGAAUUACUUGGUCCUUUCAGUGCCAGAAUGUAACUAUGCUAUAGGAUAUGCAUCGAUAUCUGACUAUAAUACUCAAAAGUUCCCCCAGAAACAAUUUCUGACUGGACAAAGUGUCAUUGCCACUGUCAUGGCUCUUCCAAGCCCUUCAACACCAGGGAGGUUGUUUUUGCUUCUUAAUUCAAUGAGUGAAGCCACCGAUACAUCCAGUUCAAAAAGAGCCAAAAAGAAGUCUAGCUACAAAGUGGGGUCUUUGGUUCAGGCUGAGAUUACUGAAAUUAAGCCUCUUGAACUAAAAUUGAAAUUUGGAGUCGGUUUUCGUGGAAGAGUUCAUAUAACAGAGGUGAAUGACAUUAAUGGUUUGGAAGAUCCAUUUGGUAACUUACGGAUUGGGCAAAUAGUGACUGCAAGGAUUGUUGCAAAAGCUAAGCAAUCGGAUAAAAAAAUCUACCAAUGGGAACUGUCCUUGAAACCUAAAAUGCUUACUGGAUUAUUGGAUAUAGGGGACAAGCUUAUGACCGACGAUGUUGAUUUUUCAACUGGACAACAUGUCACAGGUUACGUGUAUAAAGUAGACAGUGAUUGGGUCUGGUUAACAAUAUCUCGAGAUGUGAGAGCUCAGCUGUUUAUUCUUGACAGUUCAUGUGAACCUAGUGAACUAGGGGAAUUUUCAAAGCGCUUUCAUUUAGGAGAAGGUGUUUCUGGUCACAUUUUAAGUAUUAACACACAGAAAAAUCUAUUACGGUUGGUUCUUAAUUCAUCAUUUGCUGUCUCUAAUGGAAAUAUUGAUGGCAAAGAUUUAAAGAUGGAUGAUCAUUUGAGUGAGGUCACAGCUCAUAUUCAUGAAGGAGAUAUUGUGGGUGGGAGAAUAUCCAAAAUACUUCCAGGUGUUGGUGGAUUGCUCGUGCAAAUUGGUCCUCAACUAUAUGGUAGGGUUCAUUUUAUGGAACUUACAGACUCAUGGGUGCCUGACCCAUUAUCCGGAUAUCAUGAGGGGCAAUUUGUCAGGUGCAAGGUGUUGGAAGUCAGCCGCACUGUCAGGGGCACCACUCAUGUUGAAUUGUCGUUACGUUCUUCUUUAGAUGGCAUGGUUAGUCAAUCGUCUGCAGAAAUUGGCGGGCAUCCUCCUUGCAAACAUGUUGAAACGAUUGAGGAACUUCAGCCUAAUGUUGUUGUACAGGGCUAUGUUAAGAAUGUUACAUCAAAAGGAUGUUUCAUUUUGCUUUCCCGGAAGAUCGAUGCCAAGGUUCUUCUCUCAAAUUUAUCUGACGGAUUUGUUGACAACCCCGAAAAAGAUUUCCCUAUUGGAAAACUUCUAAUCGGCAGGGUGUUGUCUGUGGAGCCUUUAUCAAAGCGAGUAGAAGUUACCUUGAAGACAUCGAGUGCAAGCAGUGCACCAAAAUCUGAAAUUAAUGAUUUGAGAGCCCUGCACAUUGGAGAUAUUAUUUCUGGCAGGAUUAAGCGGAUAGAAUCAUAUGGUUUGUUUAUCACAAUUGACGACUCGAACUUGGUGGGUCUAUGCCAUGUGUCAGAGCUUUCAGAUCAUCAUAUUGACAACAUCGAAACUAAAUACAGAGCAGGGGAGAGAGUGACAGCGAAGAUAUUAAAGGUGGAUGAACAAAGACGCCGAAUAUCUCUUGGAAUGAAAGAUUCUUAUAUUGGGAGUGAUGUUGAUAUUCGACUACCCUCAAAACAGCAGCCUGAUGAAGCCAAGAGAGGAAAUGGUUUUAGUGAUGACACUACGUUGGUUUCAUUUCCAAGUAGCAGUUUGCUUGGAGUCCAAAAUAUGGAUAUUGAAGGUGAAAAAGAAGGGUUCCCAGUUCUUGCACAGGCUGAAUCAAGGGCUUCCAUUCCUCCACUUGAGGUCAGUCUCGAUGACAUAGAUCUGCCUGAUAUGGGUAAUUUAGUCAGUCAAGAUCAAGAGCGUAUUGAUGAGGCAGACACCAUACAUGAAAGGAACACAAGACAGGCAAAGAAAAAAGUGAAGGAAGAAAGGGAGAAAGAAAUUAGGGCUGCUGAGGAUAGACUACUGGAGAAUGAUAUACCAAGAACUGCUGAUGAAUUUGAGAAGCUGGUUAGAAGCUCUCCCAAUAGCAGCUUUGUUUGGAUAAAGUACAUGGCUUUCGCACUUUCUAUGGCUGAUGUCGAGAAAGCCCGUUCUAUUGCUGAAAGGGCUUUGCAAACAAUAAGCUUCCGAGAAGAGAAGGAGAAGCUUAAUGUUUGGGUGGCUUAUUUUAAUUUGGAAAAUGAAUAUGGAAAUCCUCCAGAGGAGGCUGUUGUGAAAGUAUUCCAAAGAGCUUUGCAGUAUAACGAUCCCAAAAAGGUCCAUGUUGCACUUCUGGGAAUGUAUGAGAGGACAGAGCAACAUAAAUUAAUUGACGAGCUUCUUGACAAAAUGACCAAGAAGUUCAAGCAUUCUUGCAAGAUUUGGUUAAGACGAGUUCAAAGGAUCUUGAACCAGCAGCAGGAUGCGGUUCAGCCUGUUGUAAAUCGUGCUUUAUUAAGCCUUCCACGCCAUAAGCACAUCAAGUUCAUCUCACAGACAGCUAUUCUUGAAUUCAAAUGUGGGGUUCCUGAUAGAGGACGAUCCAUGUUUGAAGGAAUUCUGCGAGAGUACCCAAAGAGAACAGACUUGUGGAGUGUUUAUCUUGAUCAAGAGAUUCGACUUGGAGAAGUGGAUAUAAUUCGUGCACUGUUUGAGAGGGCAAUCAGUUUGAGCCUCCCACCUAAAAAGAUGAAAUUCUUAUUCAAAAGGUAUCUUGACUAUGAGAAGUCUCUUGGCGAUGAAGAAAGAAUCGAGUCAGUAAAAAGGAAGGCAAUGGAAUACGUUGAGACCACACUGGCUUGAUUUUUGUGAUUCCAAAUUCAACUUUGAUCCAGCACGUGGCAAUGUGAUUGCGAAAUUCGCCAUAGCCGUAGAGAUUAGAGAGGCAAACCAUUGUGCAGACUUCUUUGCAUCACAUGCCUCCUGAAUCCCAAACAGAAGGCCAGUUGUUUGCCAUGUACAGUCCAAAGGUAUUAACGGAUUAAUUUUUCAAAAACCUUCAAAGCUUCAUCCAUAACGGCCGGGUAGAUCCCAGACAUUCACCCUUUUUUUGUAGAAAAGCAGGCAUUUAGCGGGUCAGUUAGUUUCAAUAAUGCCCAUUUUGAUGUAUAAACAAGUUAAUAACUGUCCAAUUUUAUUGGUGGAUUUCUAGUUUCAUGUGAUAUGCCAUCCAUUUUUGGUUGCCUCGCUUUAUAAUCUGCUGUUUCAGCCUUGAUGUUGAAUAUUUAUUUACUUGAAUUCAUAAUUACAAACUGUUGUUUCUUUC